AUUGGACCAACUCGCCACCAUUGUUGAAUUCAAUUACUUAAUACUUAAACUUUGUCUUACAAAAAUUUUCACAAAAAAUAUCUGCUUUCUGUGUAUAAAAAUGGACCCCAUUUGUUCUUCUUCCUCCUCCACAACAUUUAAAUCCCCAGAUAUAACCUGGUUGUUUCCUCAUAAAUCCUUUUCAUUUUCCAGAAACCAUACAAGAAUCCAAAAAAAAAAAAAAUUAAAAAUGGAGCUUCAGGAGAAAAACUCCACCGACUUUACAGAGUUGUUUACAGGAGAUAUUUCUUGGUUUGUAUGUCGGCGUUACCUAUAUAAACCUCCCUUCAACCCCUUUUACCGACUUUUUAUCAAUCACCCUUAUCGAAAUUUUCAAUCUUUUGAUCACAAAAACUAUUAAAGUUUCGAUCUUUGAUCCAUAAAACCACAAAUCUCUUUGUAUGAUAUGAACCCAUUUGAUAAAAAACAAGAAUCUGAUACUGAUACAAAACCUCCAUUUUUGACUGAAAUGGACUCUGAAUUUGCUGCGUUUUCACCAAUUUCACUCCCUUUUGCUGACCCAUCUUCUCCUUUUAUCAAUUUUGGAUCUUUUGCCACUCCUUUGAGCCAAAAUCCAGUUGGAGAAGGAGAAGGAGAAGGAGGAGAAAUUGAACAGCCAGCUGAGGGAGGAUUGGGUGUACCGCAGCCUAUGGAGUGUUUACAUGGGAUACAAAUUCCGCCAUUUUUGUCAAAGACUUUUGAUUUGGUUGAGGACCCUUCAUUGGAUACGAUUAUUUCUUGGGGUAGAAAUGGAGAAAGCUUUGUAGUUUGGGAUCCAGUGGAGUUUUCAAGAUCGGUUCUUCCUAGGAAUUUCAAGCACAGCAAUUUCUCCAGCUUUGUUCGACAGCUUAAUACAUAUGGAUUUCGCAAAAUCGAUGCUGACAGGUGGGAGUUUGCGAACGAAGGGUUCUCGAGAGGGAAGAGGCAUUUGUUGAAGAACAUACAGAGGCGAAGGUCACAUCAGGGUGGGAGUUCUUCUGGAUCAUCUGCUGAAGCAGGGAAAGCUACUAUGGAUGAGAUAGAGAAACUCAGGAAUGAGAAGAGUUUGAUGAUGCAGGAAGUUGUUGAGUUGCAGCAGCAGCAGCGUGGAACAGUUCAACAAAUGGAAUCCGUUAAUGAAAAGCUUCAUGCUGCAGAACAAAGACAGAAGCAGAUGGUUUCAUUCUUGGCCAAGGUGCUUCAAAAUCCCACAUUCUUGGCUCGUGUUCGGCAGAUGAAGGAGCAAGGAGAAAUAACUAGUCCAAGAACAAUGAGGAAAUUUGUUAAACAUCAGUCACAUGGUCCGGAUGGAGUGGGGUCGUCUUCAAUGGAAGGGCAGAUAGUCAAGUUCAGGUCUGACUUUCAAGACCUUGCAGGAUGCUUUGACAGCCCAGAUUUCAAUCCAGUUGUGGAUCAACAACUCCCAGAAACUGGUUUAGGAGCGGAAGCCAUGCCUUUUGAAGGUGGUCCUGUUGCUGAUGGACUGACAGUGGCACAUGAACUUCUUAAUUGUUCAGAUCGGGAAAUACGAGGAGCUUCAUUCUUUAACUCCGAAGGCUCUCAAUUCAAAGGGAAGAAUGUAGCUAGUCCUCAAAUAGAAGUUAUGCCUGAGUACUUUGCCUCUUUUCCAGAGGAGAUGGGAAAGGAGAAGAACAUUUCAGGAUUUUCUGCACCAGCUAUUGGAAGUAUGGUGAAAGAUGAGGAACUUUGGGGUAUGGGUUUUGAAGCCAGUGCUGGCAUGCCAAGCACUGGCGCCGAGUUAUGGGAUAGUCUUAGCAGCUAUGUUCCAGACUUCGGUGUUAGCUCUGGUUUGUCAGAUUUAUGGGAUAUAGAUCCCUUGCAGGUAGCUGGAAGUUCUGGGGUCGAUAAGUGGCCAGCUGAUGGGUCUCCUUUUGGUCAGUCUGAAAGCCAUGCGAACCAGCCCAAGAAUGAUAGUUUCUAGGAAAGAGUACCCUUGGGCCUUCAGUGUGCCAUUGGGAUACUAGCCAUCAUUUAGUUGAUGGGACAUAAUAUUGAAUGAGUGAUUAUAAAUAUUUUAGUUGAUAAUUACUUUUGACUGGUUCUUUUCUUCUAUUCCUCUCCUUGGUCUGCUAUUUCUCCGCUAAUUGUGCUGGACUGUGAAUGUUUGAUGGCAUAAAUUGUAGAUAUUUCCUGCUAACAUAUACUCUUUUAAGUUGUGAAAUACGCAGGUUUGCAGCACUGAAGGCGAGUAUGGGACUUCUUUAGAGAAUUUCGGACUUGAAUGAGUGAAUGACAUUGCUCGCUCAAGCUUUUUCCAGGUAAGGAGAUUUUGUGGUGACUUAUCAUAUGAUUGCUUGAUGAAUUAUUACUUUACCAGAAUUCUUUGAGAUGAAGCUGAAUAACAUGCACAGAUGGUGUACAAUUUUGAUUGUUACCUUUGGCAUGAUUUAAUCUCAAAAACUAGCUCAUGAGGGGAGUAUUCUCCAAGACAACAACCAUUUCCUCAACCAACGUGGAGAUAGUAUAAGAGUCGGACCUAUUUCAAUUCUUGGUCUAUCCGAUGUUAGACCUCAUUUGUACUGUUCACACUUCAAAUGUCCCGGCAUGCGCAAUGCUGGGAGGGGAGGGGUGUUAAAAGUCACACUGGUAGUGAGAUAGUUAACUAGUCUCCUUGUCUAUGUUGCUUGGCCUCUCCAAAAAUGUCGCCACACUCGUGUCGGAUCCUCCAAAAAAGCACUAUUUUUGGAGUAUCCAACCCACACCCAUAGAUAUCUUUGAAGAGUCUGUGCAACAUAGCUCCUUGUAUGGUCUUGGGCAAUACUCACCUCAUGAGCUAGCUUUUGAAGGUUGAGUUAGGCCCGAGGUCCAUUCUCUUAUGGUAUCAGACUCGAGCUUUGCUAAGCCAAUUUGUACAAUUGUCUUAUUUCUAUCUACUGUAAUGCUCUGGGAGUUCUCUCAACUUGGUCAUGGAGCCACUCUGAGCUUCUUCUCUCUCCCAAUUCAGCUCAUCGAGCCACAAAACUUUGAUCUAGGCCCACUUUUUAGCCAUUUGAGCCUACUCUCCUCAUUUCCAGGCCCAUUCUUCAGCUCAUUCUUCAGCCAGUUGAGACUGAUCUUUGUCUCUCUGUAUCAUGUCUACUCUUCGAUGUGCUUAAAAAAAAGGAUUUUGAAUCCACGUGGAGACUCAAGAUUUCAGUUACAUGUGCAGGAGGGUGUUAGAGAACUUGUCUCUCAUCGAGUUUGUAAAAUUUUUCAAAAGGUUUUAUAAUGUAUGGGGCCACUGCAGUCAUUAUCCUUAAGUUUCUGAAUUGGAUGAUCUGGUUAUUUGAUUCUUAUGUUAGUGCACUACUUUUUGUAUUUUGACUCACCAAGCUCCGCUGGUGGCUGAAGUUUCUCUUUCUCAGAUGAAACGAGAAACAAAGAAGGUGAAUUAGCAUAACUCCUUCAGGGCUUCCGCUUCCUCCCCAUUUACCAUAAAUCUACUGAAGAACACUAACUCAUACGGUCCUAGGUAGCUUAUUAUAGAAAUAUAAGAAAGACGAGGUGGAGGAACGGAAGACUCUAGCAAUGUUGGUAGAGUCAAUGAAUUUGUUUCCUUAAGAUGCUACAGGGUACAAACCAGAGUUAAUGUUAUGACUAACGACGCCCACCCUUUCAGAGACACGUUAGAGGCAACAUAAUCAAUCAAUUUAAAAAUUGUGAAUUUGUCUGUAUCAUCGGGCUGAUGUCAAACAAUCCUAUCUGUGUCAUGUCGAGUAGGUUGACUUUUUGAAAGUGUUCGAUGCUUAAAUUGCUUACACAAAACAGUAUUCAAAUUUUUGAACCCUUAAAUUUGUGUUGAACUUCUCUUCCGGUGCAGUCGAUUCUUCUGUAAUUGCUUGCUUGGAUCUUGUACCCUCGCCUAGGUAAAGCAAUGAUGUACAUCAGAAACAGCUGGCGAAGUCCUUCUCAGGGCUUAGCUCAGGUGGCAAAGGUUGAGGGAAGUUCAAGCCUUGCAUCAUGCGAACUAAGCCUGAUAUUUAAGUGGAGAUUGUGUUUGGUUCCAAGGGUUGGGCCCAGACUGAUUUCUCGGUCAUCAAGAAAAAGAUCCUGCUCAGCUAUUCGGUUUCCCUUAGCUUAUUUGUAUAUUUCUAAAUGUGUAGGAUGUUCAUCAGGAGCAAUCUGAUUAUUGUUGUGUCAAUGUAAUAAUUGAUAGGUUAUCCUGGCAAACCAUUUGAGAAGUAUCUGUAUUGUGAUAUUGAUAGGGGGAAGUAAUGGUCAUCAGAAAAGUGAUUAGACAUGAUAUGACAAAUUUAUAGCUUACCGUGGAUAUGAUUCCUAAAUAAGAGGAUAUUGGGGUUGAUCAUUA